AUGUCGAUCCUUCUGGACCCGCGACUGCAGCCGCCUCCUGUGAUCGGUGGCCGGUACACGAGCCGGUUUCACCUUGGCUCCUUGGACUCCCCCUUGCCUCUCUUUGACUUGAGGGGAUUUGCCUGUGAGAUUCGAAAUCUGCCUGAGGGAUGCAAGUUUCCGCUCACUGGAUAUGACUUGGUCGUCCUGACCACAGAGCCACUUUCGUUGGAGGUUGAUGGUCUCUCUUGGUUGGCCACUCCGCCUGUUUGCGAUCAUUUCGCGGCACAGGUGGUUGAUGCUUGUGCUGGCCUUGGGGCUACUACGAUGGGGGCGCAAUUCAUGGGUGCUCGUGUUCUUGCGCACUUCGAGUGCAAUGGGCUUUCUUUGCGGCAUCUUCGCCGGAACUCCAAUGCUCCGGUGCUUGACGGGAACCUUUGCAGUGACUCGGAUUUGAAGAGAUUUCAUCAGAUGUUAGAUGGUCAGCUUUUCACUCUUUUUGCUGGGUUCCCCUGUCAACCAUACUCUGAUCAGGGUUCCCAGUGUUCGCAGAGGGACCCUCGCUCAGCUGUGUACUGGGCUGUUCUGCGGUGCAUCAUGUUACUGCAAGCUCAAUCAGCGGUGUUGGAGUGCACGCCAGCUGUCUACUCGGAUCCGGACAUCCAGGCUGGCCUCUCUCAAGUGCAAGCCACUCUUGGCUGGCAAGGCCACCAGUUGAUCUUUGACUUAGCCGCUCAAUGGCCAAUGCAUCGUCGGAGAUGGUGGUGUUCGCUGUGCCCAAGUUCAUGGUCUUUUCCGCCUUUGGCUCCAUGGCCUACCUCGUCGUCUACAACUAAGGUUUCUUCGAUCUUUGAAUCUUGGGGCCUUUGGUCUGAGGACCAUGAAGCUGAUCUUCAGCUGACCCGUGCCGAAUUGGCAGCAUAUGGUAAUCCAGCCUUCGGCAGUGAUCGACGACUAGCCACUCUGGAUGAUACCAUGCCUACGGUUCUCCAUUCUUUUGGUUGCGCUCUUCAAGGUUGCUUUUGCGGGUGCAGAGAUCGUAGCUUUGCUUUGUCUUCACUACAGACCAAAGGACUUCGAGGCAUCCUGGUCAUUUCUGAAGCUCAUUUACAGCCUCGUUUUUUGCACCCAGUUGAGUUGUCGUCUUUGCUCUCCAUUCCUCCGGAUCAACAUUGGGAGUCACAGCCGAGACAGUCGCUUUGUUUGCUUGGACAGUCCGCUGCACCACUGCAAGCGUUGUGGAUGUACUCUCAUCAAGCGAAUGCAGCCGCCUCUCAAUUUGGGCAUUCUCGGAUUGAUCCUCUAGUUUUGGUUCAUCAGUACAAAAUUGCCUUGUGCAAGCAGAUUCGACAGACUGUUCCUUGGGCUUAUCCAGAACGUCCUCGGAUGUUGAAGGUCGAGGCCUUGGAUGGUUCCUUGCUCUAUAUCUUGAAGGAAGGCAUGGUUACGGUGGGCCAGUUGCUCAAGGCCGAAUCCAUUUCGCUGGGUUGGGGAGAAACAAUGUGUUGUCACUCCAUGCAUGGCCAAAUGUCCCAGGACACGGUGAUUGAUGAAGAGAUUCCAGUUCAGCUCUGGAGUCAUCCCAAGCGGCAGGCGAAACCACAGCCUGCUGGGUUGGUUGCAGUUGGCAUCCAACAUGACAACCAGUUGUAUAUCUCUUGCGUGCCCUAUGGUUCGUUUAUGUUUGAGGCUUUGGCGGAGCAUUCCCUGCACAUGGUGCUGUGGCUGGUCGACGAGGAUGGCAGGGUAUAUGGGCGUGACUAUCGGAUUUGGUCCACUUUGCGGCUUUCGACUUUGUCGCCCGGUUCCUUUCCAUCCCCCUCGCCUUUGCCUUGUACUUCAUUGAUGGAUCAACAAGCUUGUGUGGCAAGUGUGAAUCAGGAGGUCGGAUUGUCAGGCCAUACGGUGUGGCAUGCAAUGUGUUCCAUGUGCAGAUCUUCGGAUUUGAUCGAUCAUGAGACUUUGCUGCACCUUCAUCCUGAGCUUCUUCAUCAUUUGUUAGCGGACUCUCUUUCGCCUGAUCGUGUUCGAGUGUUGCGGCACCUCUGGGCUUGCAGUCAGGGACUGGCGGUUGGAUGUUUUUCAGCUCAUGGGCAUUGGGCGGUGUUAUGUGGUCGCCAAGACGAGACGGAAAUUCGCUGGACUUACUAUGAUGGUUUGCCAGGACAUUUGCUAAACACCGCUUUGCUCUUGGCGCAAAAGUUGUCGGCUAUCUUUGAGCUCACCUUUGUCGAUUUGCAUGUUGGGUCUUUGAUUCCUCAAGCUCACGGCUUCACUUGUGGGGCAGUGGCAUUGGCUCAUGUUGCUAUGUUGUUAGGUCUUCAGGGCUCCUUCUCGGAAGAUCAUGUGCUCCAACUACACUCUUGGCUUCUAUGUCAUCAGAGCAAACGUGAUGCUUUGGUGGGCUAUGGUCGAGAUGAUCCAGUGCUUGCCCAGUUGAUUGACUUGCUUUCUUCCAAGGGUGUACCUGUCGGCGAAGUCUCCGGACGUGCUCAGCAGGCUAUGGAUGCAUUGGGUCGUGCUUCAGUUCUCCAGGCCUUGAGUUCCAAGAAUCCUUGGCAGCGCCUCAAAGCCACAGCUUCCAAGCCUACGAUUCAAUUCAAGUUUCUCAAGCCUCAUGAGCUGGCUGCCUACAUCGAGCAACAGGCCAACAAGCGUUUUGGAGCUGAGUUGAAAUCCAAGAAGGAGAAAUCUUCGAUCAAAAAACCAAAGAUUGCAGAUAUUCAGUUGGAUCCUAAGCUGUUGACUCUCAUUGCUGGGCACUUCAAGGACUCCUCAGGUGACUCUGUGCCGCAAAUCCUUUUGGAGCAGGUGCAAUCAGAAGCCCGAGGCAUUGCUGUUGUCUCUCGCCAGGAAGCGCAGCCCUUCUUGGACAAUCCUCGAUCAAUCAGUGUGGACGCAUUGGGUCUGCUGAUCACAAGCGAGAUUGAUGGUGCAUCAUCCGGCUCCAGUAAGGUCACCAACCUUCGUUUUCCGGCUACAUAUACACCGACUGAGGAAUUGAUUUUGGUGAAUGGUGCUUUGCUGCUACUUGGUGAUGUGUUGAUCGAACGCCAUCGGCCUGCGGGGCCUUCCUCUCUUCCCGAUAUGGUCGAAUCGGUGGUGGUACGCCUUCAGGUCUUCCGGGAUGAGAUUGAGUCGGACUGGGCUUCGGUUGUCGACUCGCCGAUCAAGUUCGUCGUGCACAGAAUCCCAAUUCUUCAGGUUUGUGAAGGACAGAGCUGCGGUGGAUCUUGUCCCAAAUACCAGAUUUGGGCCAGACGAUUUACUUCCUUGGAAGCUCGUCAGGCGCCAGCUGACCAAGCUGUCUGCUUCACUGCUUUCCUCAGGGUGAUCAAGCCAUUAUUGCAGCCUUUGUUGGCCAGUGUGACUGAUGGCAUUUACUUUGAGCCUAGAUCCUCUACUGCUACGGGGCCUGAUCCUGAGUUUGUUGUGCUGUGGUUGGGCUCCAUUCCGAAGCAUGAUGCGGUUCACAAGCUCCGUACCAUGGGCAAUGUGGUUGGCCUGGUUAGGAUGCAGAUGAAGUUUGGCCUCCGCGUGAGAGCCUCGGAUGCCGAAAAGGUACACAAAGAAUUGAGACCUCAGGUACCUUUUCAUUUGGGUCGCCCUACGUUGACUUUUCGAGUUCAUCCUCUGCCGCAUGGCUUGGAUCGCCGGGGAGUUGAGAAAAUCUUGAAGGAAUGGGCCUGGAAGGCUAGGCCAUUGCAGCCAACCAAAGGCACUGCUUUGGGUGGAGCAUGGUUGAUCGGGGCGGACAGUCCACCAUCUCAGUCCGUUCUGACAGCUUUCAACCAAGAUGUUUUGAUCAACCAGAUCCAGCAGCAGGAGAUUGUUGAGCGCAAGGUGCAGUUUCAUGCCAGCAAGAAGACUAUUUCUCACGCUUCGACGUCCUCUACUCAGGCUGCCAGCAGUUCCGAGAAGACAGAUCCUUGGUUGGUCAAGUCAGCUGAUCCUUGGGCCAAAUUCCUUCCCACAGUGAUUCCUGGUUCAUCCAGUGGCCAGAAACAUAUUGAUGAGGUUGCAGCCAAGUUGAAAGAAGACAUCACGGCUUCGGUUGGACAGAACUUGCAAGCUCAGGUUGCUUCCAUGGCUCCGUCCACAGGGAGUACUCAGGCUCUCGAUGAUCUUCGCUCCCAGACUGAUCAACGAUUCAAGCAGGUUGAAUGCUCACUCAACGAACUACGGGCCCAGAAUGUCAACUUCCAGUCUUGGUGUACGGAGGCCUCCAAACGGAUGGAAUCUGCUGAGCAGGGCACCCAACAAUUGCAGUCCAAUCUGUUGCAAGUACAGCAGGAAGUACGACAUACUGCUGAUGCUCUGCAGCACUCAGUUCAGCAAUCCUCGAGUGCUUUGCGUGGCGAAUUCGUCAGCGAGCUGGAGAGCAAAUUGUCCAGUCAAUUUGAGAAGUUUGAAGCGCUCUUGUGCAAGAAAUUCCGGACCGAGUGA